ACAAUGGAGCUAAAAGUAAUCAAGAUCACCCGAGUCAGCCCCGCAACUGAUUCGUCCCGCGACUCUGCCGACCCACUCAUUCUCCCACUCACCUUUUAUGACUUGGGGUGGGUAAGAUCACAUCCUACUCAGCAAGUCAUCUUCUACAAACUCCCAGAGUCAUCUCCUGAGUUUUUUCACUCCGUGAUUCUCCCUAAGCUCGAGCGCUCUCUCUCCUUCGUCCUCCGUCACUACAUCCCGUUGGCUGGCCACCUCAAGUGGAACCUACAAGAUCCUAAGCCUCAAGUUGUUGUCUACGGACACGACACUGUCUCGCUAACGGUGGCUGAGUCCAACGCUGAUUUUCUCUUUGUUUCGGGUAAGGGGCUACGUCCCCAGACGGAGUUACGCCUCUUGGUGCCGGAGUUAUCGGUUUCGUCUGACUCCGCAUCUCUAUAUUCUCUGCAAGUCACAUUGUUUCCAAACCAAGGGUUUUGCAUCGGCCUAGCAGAACAUCAUGUUUUGAAGGACGGUGUAGGAUCUAUAAUGUUUAUCAAAGCAUGGGCUCACAUUUGUAAGUCACUAAAAAUGACUUUACCUAGUGACUUUAUUCCAAUAAUAGAUCGUACUCUCAUCAAUGUUCGGCCCAGUCUUGAAUCCAAGAUUUUGGAAUGCAUGUCAUACUUUAUAGAUGAAAAAGAUGGCAAGAGAACCAUGAAGCCGCCUCCAUUGGGAGAGAUAUGUUCUGAUCUUGUCCGUAUAACACUCGAGAUGACUAAGGAGAAAGUCGAGAAACUCAAAGAGCGAGCCAUGCGAGAGUCAACUCGCUCUAUGUCUAAGCUUCAUUUAUCAACGUUCGUUAUAGUUAACGCCUAUGUCUGGAGCUGCCUAGUGAAGGCGCGUGGAGGUAACAAAGAGAAACCAUUGCUUUUCAUGUACGCAGCUGAUUUUAGGAACCGGUUAGAUCCACAAGUCCCUGAGAAGUACUUGGGGAACUGUGUGGUCCUUAUCAGUUGCAUUGGCUACAAAGCAAAGAAGUUACUGGGAAGAGAUGGUUUUAUUAACGCUGUGGAGAUUCUUAGCGACUCAGUCAAAGGUUUGGGUUCAAGAGGAGUUGAAGCACUUUGGGAGUCCUUCAUUGAUGGAAUGAAGCAAGUGAAACCGGAUACUCAUGUUGAGUCCGUCUCUGGGUCGACCCGGAUGGGGUUAUACCGGGCGGAUUUCGGGUGGGGAAAACCGGUUAACCAUGAGAUUGUGUCCAUUGACCGGUAUCCAGCGUUUUCGAUGUGGGAGAGGAGGGAUGAGACCGGUGGCGCUGAGAUCGGCUUGUGUCUGAGGAAGAGUGAGAUGGACACUUUUAUUGCUUUGUUUGAAUAUGGUUUGGAAAUAAUUGCAUCACGUAUUUAA